AUGGAACAUAUAUUAUUUAUCGGUGGUGCCUCCUCCUCUCUUAACUUUAUUAAUUAUGAACCCGCUUAUUGUAGAAGCACCUCUGGAUCUAAAUGCGAUUAUAAUAUAUGUAUUAUUUUUCGUACUUGUCUGUAUCUUUACUUCCAAAUACCUAGAGACCAGAGAUGUUAUGAAACUGUAACAUUAAGAUAUUUAAUUAGUGAUGAUCCUGUUAUUACAAAAUUUGUCUUCGCUUAUUGUGCUAUACCUACUAGUAGAUUAGCUGACCAUUUUUCUAAUGAUAGACCUGAAAAAGUCAAAACUUUAAUAUCAUAUUUUUUGAAUUAUAAUUUAUUUAUGGAUAAAAUAAGGAUAAUUGAUAACGGUUUAGAUAAUUUGUCAAAAAAAAAAACUGACAAAGAUAGCUGA